AUGACUUCUCGACUCUUCUCUGAACCAUUCCCUUAUCGCGGAGACAACAACGACUCCGACUCUACUAAACAGCAACACACGCCCGACCACCUCUACCAGACUUCAUCAUCGUCCUCGGAGGGUUCGUCGAUCAUGUCAUCGUCCAAGUAUGCCACUGCCGCGUUUGUUGCUUCUUCAGCUGGUCUGGGAGCUUCUGAUAUUGAUUCGAUGUACAAUAACAUGGUCCGACCAGAGGACCUUCUCGAUUCCCUCCACCAUCAUCUCCAAUUGCAGCAACAGCAACAGCAUCAAUCACAACAUCACCAUCAACAGCAACAGCGUCUUCGACAACAACAACAUCAUCAUCUUCAGUCGUCUGCCGAUCGUAUGCAGGACUUGGACCUCUGGUCAUCGGCCUUUGAUCCUUGUUCUGUUCCUUCUACGUCCUCAUCGAUAUCUUCUGCAGCAAUAGCCCCUUUGACCACAAUAGCAGAAGCAACGCCUACCUAUCUCUCGUUUCUGCCUUCAUUCUCUUCGUUGCCUCCUGGCGUCCCAUCCUUCCUUCCCACUUCGUCCUCCGCCGCUGGAGAUGAAAAUGGCCAUCAUUACUUCAUCGACUCUUCUGCCGGUCUGAUGAUGGAGAGUCGUCAAUCUACGCCUCCCGGCCAUGACCACUCUUCCUCAUCCUCAUCCUCAUCGUCGUCUGCUUCGUCAUCCAAGUCCUCCUCUCCUUCGGCCUCGUCCUCCCUGGUGUCCUCCCCCACCUCGACCUACUUUGAUGAGUCCGCGGUUAUGCUGCCGGCCAUCACGGCAUGCGCCAGUUGCAAGCGAUCUCAUAUUAAAUGUGAUAGUGGCCGACCUUGCCAGAAUUGCCUCAAGCACCCUUCCAAAGCUCUGACCUGCCGAGACGCGACACCCAAGCCUCGAGGCCGACCAAAGGGUGGUAGUAAGGCUGCUGCUGAGGCUAUCAUGCUUGCUAGACUAUACCAGCAACAGCAGCAACAGCAUCAGAUGCACCUUCAAGAACAGCUCCAUCGUCAUCACCAGCAGCAGCAGCAGCCUAGUUACGUCCCUCGUCCUCGAGUCAUGUCCCUCCCUCAGCGGCCCACCAGAUCGACCUACCAAGUGGUUCCCACUGUACCGCACCAGCACCGGUACUUGAGUUCUCAGGGCUCACCUCAAAGCGUGUCCUUGGAUUACCACGCUCAUUCUCGAAGCUCUCCCGCCUCUCCUGCGACGCUGGAGCACCGCGUCGUCCGUCUUGGACGCCGCCCCUCCCUGCCCGUCUGGAAUCACCCUUACGCGAUGCACAGAAGCAGCAGCAGCAGCGGCCCUCAUUCAUCCGCGUCGUCGUCGUCUCCCGUUAUCGCGCCCCCAGUCGUCCCGUCGUCCAGCCAUACAGCCAUGACGACCUCCAUGGGUGCAAAUAAUUGGGCAGGCUUCUCUUCAUCGACUUUGGGUCUGACAUCGAUGGCACAAGAGUUCUCCCAUUCACCCUCGAUCGGAUCUCCCAAUGGCAGCAGAAGUGUCGUCUUAGCUCAUCAGCAGGGACUUGAUUCAAUGUCCCUCAUGCAACAACAACACCGAGUUGCUGCAGUCCCCCUGGCCCUGAGAGGUACUGCCUUGUGUCGUCAGACCUCGAUCACGGAGAACAAUGACAAUGUCCCGCAAGCCUGGCUUGCUCUCCAGAUGUUGCAAGCGAGCCUACCGCCUUCGUCGUCGAUGCCAUUGGUAUCGACUGCUGCCCCUUUGGUUGCAGUCUCAUCGUCCCCAGCAGUCUCCCCAUGCCCGUCGGCUGUCUCGACCUUUUCUUCUACCUCGACGACGACGACACAGCUGAUGACGUUCAAGCAGCACCAACAUGCAUUUUCUGAGGAACGCGAGAUGAUCAAGGAGGAGGAGGAGGAAGAGAACAUGUGUGUCGGUUCUAACGAUACAGGGAUCACAUUUAAUCCUAUUGGUUACUCCCACCAUGACCAUGACUCCGAGGAGGAGUGUGAGCGCGAACAGAAGAAGGAAGAGGAGGAGGAAAGGGAGGAAGGUCGUCGCAGGAUGGAAGCCAUGCUGCAGCAUGAGAUGCAGUUCGAGCUCCAGUUCCUUCAACAGCGGCAGCAACUUCUGCAGUACCAACAGGAACAGGUCCAGCGAGAGCAGGCACUUGUCCGACUCAACUUGCAGAAGCAGAGAAACGUCUCUUCUCACCAGCUUUAUCCUUAUCCCCAGCAGAAUGGACAUGGCCCUGUCCCUUUCUUCUAA